CUAAACAGGAAAUAAUUACAUCAAAUCAUCAUUGUGAGUAUUUUUCGGUUGUAAAAUUGUUGGACAACUCGAUGGAGCUUCUAAAAUAAAAAUAAUAUUCUAAAUUUGAAUGUUAAAGCAAACGUCACAUUAAAUAUACAAAAUUAUAUAAAAAGAAAAACAUCUCAAAUUUGUUGUUAUUUAAUCGAGUCAAAUGUGAGUAGUUGUUGAAGAAUGGAGGAUUAUGCGCCAAGUCGUUUCAAAAUGUUGGAGAAAAUUGGUGAAGGAGUGCAUGGCUACGUCUUUAAAGCAAUCGAUCUGCAACGACAAAAGCCUGUAGCUAUUAAAAAGGUUGCAUUGAAAAAUAAAUUUGGAAAUAUUUCACUAAAUACUUUGCGCGAAAUAAAAACAUUGCAACUAUGUCAAUCGGAAUAUAUAGUAUCAAUUAUUGACAUAUAUCCAGACUUAACCGGACUGUCGCUGGUAUUGGAAUAUAUGCCAGAAACCUUAUAUGGAAAACUCAGAAACGAAAUCGAACCACUAAGUAGACAGCAAAUUCGCAAAUUUACAUUAAUGAUGCUUAAAGGAAUCGAAUAUCUGCACAAUAUGGGUAUCAUGCAUAGAGAUAUAAAACCAGCCAACCUGCUUCUAAGCGAGGAUGAAAAACUUAAAAUUGCUGAUUUUGGUUUAGCUCGUUUACAUUUUCCAAAAGAUGAAAAUAAACUAUAUUCACCACAAGUUUCUACGCGCUGGUAUAGAGCUCCGGAGAUAUUAUGGGGCAGUCAAAAGUAUGGUCCAGCAGUGGACAUGUGGGCAGCAGGCUGUGUGUUUGCGGAAAUGCUGCGAGGAGUGCCACUAUUUUCUGGAGCAACUGAUAUCGAGCAACUGGCACUCGUAAUAAGAACACUGGGUAGCCCCAGACUCAAUGAAUGGCCAGAUAUUAAUUUAUUACCCGAUUACGACAAAAUUCGAUUUCCAAAGGCAGUUGGAAUUCACUGGGAUAACCUUUUUCCUAGUUGCACACACGCUGUUGAAAUUAAUUUGGUAUCGAACUUAGUAGUGUAUAAUCCGAAGAACCGCCUAACAGCAACUGAAGCAUUAAGUCAUGAUUACUUCCAAUGAGCUCAGAGGAUUUUUAGUUUGUGAAUAGCGCAACUAUAAUAAGCAUACAUACAUACAUAUAUUAUGUAAAUAAACCAAACAUAAAAUUAUUAAAAGUUUUGCCAAACAAUUAUA